CUGGGGGGGAGAAGGUGUGGGCAGCUUGGAGUUUGUUUCUGAUCAGAAACUCGUCAGGGACAAGGGAGCAACACGGGGUUGGAUAGCAGCACUCUGCCUGGGGGUGUGACUUGGGACAGCAGGUGUUUUGAACAGCGCCUGAAUCUGGCAGGUUAAACCCGCCCGAAUUCCUUGGCAUUUCGCACCGUGCCUGAGAAACGUGUGUGAAGGGAUUAUUCGUGAGCGUGCGGCAGCGUUGGUUGAUCCCCGAGCCCAAGCGGCAAGAGCGUCUGAUUUAGUGCCUGCGAGUCUCUCCGCCGGCCGGGCCCGCGCUCCGGCCAUGCGCGCGCUGCGGGGCGCGGGGCUGCGGGCGCCGCUCUCAGUAGCAUGGUUGAUUUCAUGGUGUUCCGUCAUAGCUGGGCCCCCAGGAGAGAAGAUGAUUGCUGCUGCAGGAUCCUGCAUUAUGCUCCCUGGACUGGAUCAGUUGCAGGGUGUUAGCCUCAUGCAGUGGAAAUUUUCUGAGCAGUACCUCGUGAUUUAUCAUGUCAAUAACUCCAGUUUUCCUGACGUUGUGGACCAAGACCGAUUUCUUUUCCAGAAGUCAAAUGGAUCUCUCCAGAUCUGUAGAUUAAAAGUGAGUGACAGUGGGAUCUAUACCCUAAUAAUAAACAUGAAGAAGCAAAAUGAGAGAUCCAUCCAACUAGAAGUUGUUGAGCCCGUGUCCCAGCCGGAACUCUGGAGCAACUUGUCCUUGAUCGGCCUUAGCACUGAGCUGGUGUGCAGCACAUCAGUUGAGAAAGUGGCUAAAUAUCAGUGGAAGAAGGAUGGGAAGCCCCUCCCUAUAGAAAGCCAUUACCAGCUCUCUCAGAAUAACAGUGUGUUACUCAUACUAAACACUACCUGGUCUGACAAAGGCUCCUAUAGUUGUAAUGUCAGCAAUGAGGUCAACUGGCAUGAAGUUUCCCUGGAGCUACCUGUUCAACAAUACAGAAAGAGAAUAUGGAUGCUGCUCUCAGUUGGAAUAUGUAUGAUUGCCUAUGUUGUCACUGGUUUCUUCAUUUUUAAAUCCAGCUCAUGAGUAUGUUUUUUUUAAAUUCUGACUUUUAUCAGAAGAAGGAUCUUUUGGGGAAAAGAGCUUGCAACAGAACUUCCUUGAAUGUCUUGUGUGAUGUCCUAGUCAAUUUCUGGAAUAAUUAAUGAAGUGCUUUAUGGUGAGCAGAACCAGAUGCUUCAGAGAAAGAUGCACGAAACCAUGCAGUGAGCAGUUACGGAACAAUCCAUUCCCAAGGAGGUCUCUGAACUCUCUGUGAUGUUAUUGACAUAAACUGUGACUGUAUAGAUCAUUGUUGCAAACACUGUUAUAUAUGUGCAGCAAAUAUUGUACAAAGGUUGUCAUGUGAGGUGUCUGUAAAGAGGUUAUGAUUUGCUGGUUAUGCUAUCUGUAUGUGUGUAUCAUUUUUGUAGUUGAAGUUAUGAAAAUUGGCUAUGUACUUGUAUCUCAAUGUGUUUUGAUUCUAAGUAGACUCAGUGAAGCAUUUGGUCAGCUUCUUGAGAAAGGAAUUUGCAGAUGAAGUGCCCAAUCAAGAAACACUUAACUGACAAUAGAUUUGGGGAGACGCCAAUCCGUAUCUGAGCUUUCCUGGGAACGUUCAAACUAACAUGUAAACAGUGGCAUCGGCCUGCAGACUGAGUCAUGAAUGGGCAUGAGACUUGCCCAUGGGACUCCAGACUCCAUCUUGCUGCUGUGAUUUUUCCACAGUAAGAACAAAGGGGUGUCCUUCCAUGGGCAGAGAAUAUAAAAGGCCCUGGAAACUGCUCCAUCUUGUCUUCAAUCCUGCUUCUGACCUCUGGAGGAACUUUGCUACAAACUGAAGCUCUGAACAAAGGACUGAAUGACCCAUCCCAGCUAUGGAUGUACUCCAGAGACUUGAUUUGAACCUGCAGUUUAUUACACCACUGCUACAAGCCUGAACCAAGAACUUUGCCGUUACUGUAUGAAAUUGAUUCCAUUUAACUAAUUCUAGCUCUCAUCUGUAUUUUUUCCUUUUAUGAAUAACCCUAUAGAUUUUAGAUUCUAAAGGAUUGGCAACAGCGUGAUUUGUGGGUAAGAUCUGAUUUAUAUAUUGACCUGGGUCUGGGGCUUGGUCCUUUGGGAUCGAGAGAACCUUUUUUCUUUUACUGGGGCAUUGGUUUUCAUAACCAUUCAUCCCUAUAAUGAGUGGCACUGGUAGUGAUACUGGGAAACUGGAGUGUCUAAGGGAAUUGCUUGUAUGACUUACGGUUAUCCAGUGGGGUGAAACUGAAGUCGUCUCUGUUUGGCUGGUUCAAUGUGCCUUAGAGGUGGAGAACCGCCAACCUGGGGCUGUAACUGCCCUGCUCUAAGCAAUUUGUCCUGAAUUGAUAUGCUCAGGUGUGUCCCACCAAAGGCAGCUUCAUUACAGGUGUCCUAGUCAAUUUCUGGAAUAAUUAAUGAAGCACUUUAUGGUGAGCAGAACCAGAUGUUUUAGAGAAAGGUGCAAGAAACCAGGCAGUAAGAAGUUAUGGGACAAUCUGUUCCCAAGGAGGUCUCUGAACUCUCAAUUGUUGGAUUAACAUAUACUGUGAAGAAUUAAGGCUUGAGUGUCAAGGAGGGUUUGAAGUAGCCAUUUCAACACUUGUGUGUUCAAUCCUCAUUAUUAUAAUGCUGGAUGUUUCUGUUCUCCAUAUAAAUAUCCAAACCAUUUUUAAUUCUUCUAAGCUGAGUCCUGGCCUUAAUGAUAUCUCAUAGCAGUGAGUUCUGCUCACCUCAGCUGGUGUCUAGCUGAGCAUGGAUGAGGGUCAAACCCAGAGGUGAUGGAGGGUUGGGAGAAGUGGAAGAGGUAGUAUCAGCCCUUCUGGGGGAAUUCGUCUAUUUAGAGUUUGCUACUUAGGGAUGAUUUUUAGACCCCAAACUGCUGUUUGAUCAUAUGACAGUGGUAACCCAGUCAGUGUCAGGUUUUUUGUUUUUAUGGGGUUUUUAUAAACCGGGCACAUCACAGGGUAGGAGGCUGUGACCUUGCCUGCUGGAUGCAGAGCUUGCUACUGUUAUCCAGGCUUUUGUCAUCUCGAGAUUAGACUACUGCAGUGCACUCCGCAGGUGGCUAGACUUUAAAACCAGUCAGAGACUGAGGCUAUGUCUACACUAGAGACUUUCCAGCAGCACAGUUGUACCAAUGCAGCUGCACUGCCGGAAGGUCUCCCAUGUAGCCGCCAUAUGCUGGCGAGAGAGAGCUCUCCCAUCGACAUAAUUAACUACCCCCAACAAGUGGCAGUAGCUAUGUCAGCAGAAGAGUGGCACUGACUGCCUCUUGGUCUCUGGUGGAAUUUAAAGUGUUGGUUAUGACCUACAAAGGGCUAACUGUCUUGGUGCUGGCCUUCUUGAGGGAUUGCUUCGCUUGCCAUGCCAUGCUGCCGGAGCUGCAGUCAGCAGGGGCAUUCAGGCUGGAUCCUUAUAAAAGAGAGGCGGCAGCUGGCAGCCUAUUCUCUGUGAAGGCUCUGGAACCUGCUCCUCUUGGUAUGAAAUAGCCCACAUUUGGUAACUUCCUAGGCAUGGUGCAAAAGACAUGUCUCUGAUAAGGGCUCUGGAAACAAUGUGGAGAGGUGACCAGUUGGCCAAGUUCCUGUGGAACUAAUUUUAAUGCUGCUGAGACUCAGUGGUAUUUAUUGUGUAAUUAAUUAUGUAAGGACACCUAGAGCUUUGGAUUGGUAGAUUUAAAUCUAAAUAGAGAAAAUAUUUUAUCACUUCCUUCCACUGUUUGCUUCUGUUGUUAUUGUCCCAUGAAACAAUACCAUCAAUGAUAUUCUGUUAGUGUUUAAAUAAACUUGUACUUAAUCUCACCUAUAUG